AUUGGCGCUGGCAAUGCCGACCGCGAGUGCAACGUCCAACCAAUGAGAUCGCGUGAAGGAUUGCGCGCCCGGCCAAUCGCGAAUUCUCAUUUGUUUGUAGAUAGAAAUGUGCACCAAUGUUGUUUCCAAUCUAAAUUAAUUAUUUUUCGCUACGUUGUUCGUGGGCAGUGGCCUUGAUAGGAAAACUCGACUUGGUGGAGUAGUGUACUUAAUUAAUAAAUCAAUCGAUUUAUUUAAAAAAGAGAUCUCGGACGUUGACCAACCUGUCGGCAUUGAUGGAACCAGUAACAACGGUGUGCAACUUAGCUACGGAGCUGCUGUAAUAUUGUGGUUCAGUCGCGCGUGUUAUGCACUCGUCAAAUUAUAUCGCCACCCCGGUUUUGAUAACUGUAACCUUGAGUAUAUUCACUAUUACGGGUCUACGUCAAAGGUGACAACGGGCCAAGAGUAUUCGGCUUUAUUUGACUUGUAGCAGCUGCGCAAGGGGGGCGCGAGGUGUCAGUGACAAGGUGCAGCUAACCUUAAAAUGCGAGCAUCCGUGAUUAGUGAUGUGAUUGUACUGUUCGGGCUGCACUUUUUGUAUUGGUGUUGCAACACUGUAGAUGCUAGCGGCGGGGCCCUCGAUGCGAGCCCGAACUUUCAGUCUAGCUCCUCCGGAAGCUCACAUUCCAAAGUCUCAGCGUUCUCUGCCACUCUCACAGAUGGGUUGGCACAGGCUGUAGCUCAUGAAGCUGGUUCCGAUACUUGUAACGAUGACCUAGCUUGUCUUACACUGGCUUCUCAUGAUCGACUAGGUUUAGAAGCUAUCAAAUCGCUUCACAGUCAACUAGACGACGAUGCCAAUGGAAAUGUAGACCUUUCGGAAUCAGACGAUUUUUUGAGGGAAGAGUUACAAUAUGAAGCUGGGUACGAGAGAAGACAGAGGGCUUUCCAUCAUAAUGAUGACAUGCACAUUAGCGUUAGAGAACUUUGGGAAGCCUGGUUGAGAUCUGAGGUUCACAAUUGGACUAUAGAACAGACGUCCGAAUGGCUGACAUCUAAUGUAGAGCUUCCUCAAUAUGUUCCUACUUUUAUACAACAUCGUGUAACUGGUGCCACACUUCCAAGGUUGGCUGUAAACAACAUGCACUAUCUGAGUAACGUUUUGGGGAUCAAAGAUCCUAUUCAUAAACAAAAAAUUGCCUUAAAAGCUAUGGAUGUAGUACUUUUUGGACCUCCAAAAGAUACUGGCCAUAGCAUCAAAGACUUGAUAUUGAUUACGCUAUUAUUUGGAGCACUUAUUGGGUACUGGUACGCGUAUCAGCAAAAGAAAAAUUCGCAGAAACAUUUGCAUCGGAUGAUGAAGAACAUGGAAGGUUUGCAUAAAGCAGAACUGGCGCUUGAAGAUUUGCAAAAAGAAUUAGAGAGGGCACGAUUGGAACAGGAAAGUGCAACAACGGAGAAACAGAAUUUAGAGAAACGCUUACAAGACGAAAGUAUGGGAUUGCAUGCCUCGUAUUCCGAUCUUGAAGUUUCUCAAUUAAAAGCAGAAAUUGAGAUGUUAAAAAAUGAGUUGCAACGCGCAGAAGGUGAACUCGAAGAUAGAUGUUGGUCCCCUCCUCCAGGACUACAACACUGGUUACAAUUAACACAUGAAAUUGAGAAUAAGGCGUACACGAAAAAAAAGAUAUCGGCAGAAAAACAGCUGCAGCAAGCACGAGAAGCAUGCGAAAAACUACGAAAAAAACGAUCGAGCUUGGUCGGCGCAUUCGUUUCCACUCAUGGAAAAUCUAUCGACGAAGUUGACAAAAGUAUAGUGGAAGCAAGAACAGCGCUAAACGAAGUCACCGCAGAAUUGCAGGAGAGAGUACAUCGUUGGAAGCAAAUCGAACUUCUAUGUGGCUUUAACAUAAUCAAUAACAAUGGUCUAAGCUAUUUAGAAACGGUUCUCUACAGAGGAACACCCAACGGUCGAGGUCUUGGACUCAGAGGUCGACUUAGUAGCCAAGAUGACUUGGACGACGAAGCAAGUUCAGUAUACGCGUCUUCAUCAUGCGGUGCCGCAGGUACCCUGGACAGCCUGACGUGGAAGGAAUCGUCGUUGCCGCCCGACUCGUCCAGCAGCGAGACGGGAAAAGAAACGCCGCCGGAGAGCAACGUGGUGCACUUCACCGUGGGCGACGGUACCGAGGAUCUCGCGAAGUCGUUCAGCAAAGAGAAGACCGGGAUCGUUCGUUCUUACAGCCAAGACACCAAUAUGCUUCUAGCUGCCGAGGAGAAGACCACCUCGGCGUUCCUCUCCAAGACCUCUUACUCGGAGAACUCGUUGGACACGUCGGCCCAGGACCGUGCAGGACACCAGAAGACCGCCACGGCGAUGCAGACGAGCAGUCAGAAGAGGACGCAGCUCAGGGAGCUGCCGACCUUGAUGUCCGUGGACGACGAGACGCUCUCCACCGACUCCAACUCCACCACCGACAACGACGAGCUGAAACGAAGGCGCAGAAAGUUCCCGCAGUUCCCGCCGUUCAGGAAGAACAAAACUAAAGUCACGUGAUGAUGCUCGUCCCGUUAUGCUAGUCAAUAACCUAAUCGUGCAUUCGUUUAUUCCUUUACUUAACGCUAACUCUUACGAUUAGUUGGUAAAUCGCGACGUGCACUUAACAAUUAAUCUCCGAGAACCGGUCGAUCACUGAUUUUAGCGAUUAGAUCACAGCCGGUUAUGUACAAAUACGCGCGCAGGAGACAACACGCGUACGCAUACGGUAUUAAACGAUAGAUGUGACGCUUGUAGCCGGGUGGAACAUCCGGGUUCUUUGGUCGCUUACUUCUGGGAGAUUCGUUGAAUAUCGUAGGAUCGUAAGGCCACGGCGUGUAUAAAUAAAAGGGCAUAAACUUUCACGGGGAACGUCCGCGUGAUUCAAUGAAUUAGUAGUUAGUGAAGCUCGACCUUUCGUUUGUCCAACGAUAUUCAAACGGCAAGGAAUGUUCCUUCUUUUCCAAAGUUUAUGCAUGACAGGACACGAUCAAUCCCGGUAGAUUUCAAAUCUCGUGUAUCUUUGUUUACGGAGGACGUUGGCGGAUAGCUGCAUCGACAAGUAUAAGUUUGCUCAAAUGUUAAACGCUUCUAUAACUACGGAGGAUGCAACUAUCGUUCUACAAACUGUACAAUGUGUUCAUAAGAUAUUGCACGGCACCAGAGUAGACAAACGAGUUUCACGAAAUAGUUGUGUCGGUCUCCGUAAUUUAAGGAGGUGUCCUGAUCUAGAAGCUCAAUUUUUAACCCUUUUUUUAGAAAUUUCUGGCCAAAAAGAAAGACUUUCUUACACGAUGUUUAGAAAACGUAAUUACUACCAUUUUCUAUGGACAUAUACAUUAAGAAAAUAUUGAUUUUCUCAAACUUCUAGGUCAGAAUAUUCUCCUUAGUUAAAAUCAAAAGUUUCUGUAAAUGCAGACGGUGCAUCUAUCGUCCAUCGUCCUACGAUCUUGUACAUUGGUGUAUUAUAUUAGCACGUUGGAAAGGAGUGUAUGUUGAUAAGCAAAGUCUGCGUUGAUAGAAGAUUAAAUAAUAUCGGAGGACGAAUGAUCGAGUCGCUGUCGCAAGCGCGCGACCGAUAUUGGGCCAAUUAAAUAAUGUAGUAGUAGUGUGUCGAUACGUAAGAACGUUGAUCGAACAGACAGGGACUGUGGAUCAUUGGGCCAGCCCCCUCUACCCUCUGAAAGAGUUAGAUUUCUAUCGACGAUCGUGUUCCACUCGGCUACUGUCGCGUAGGGUGUUUCUGGUACCCCCGGUGUGCUCCCAUUUUGCCAAAUCCUCGUCCACUUUGUGACGCGAGUCGACGUGUCACGAGUUCGCCGAGACACCGCCAAAGCGACGUCCUACCUAAGUAGCUAGAUUGUUAAGCUCGCGAUGCCGAAAUUGUUCAGUUAAGACAAUACCUUGGCUCAGGGGUGGGCGACGAGACUAGCGCGAUCAGGCAAUUUCCCUGCAUAACCCCUUUACGCCGCUCUCUGUCUCUAUUAAUUCUUUUAUCAAGACGUAUUCUGGUUUAGACGUGCAAUUUUUUUAGGCUUCUUUUGUUGUUUUUUAAAAAGAAAAUCGUUAGCCGAUGCUUUGACUGUACACAUUAUUCUUUGGAAGAAAAAAUAAUGAAACUUUAAGGAAAAGCAUCCUCGUGGCUAAUAUGAUUCCAGAGAUAAAAAAUAAAAACACUUUUCGGCAAUUCUAAACCGCAAUACGCCCUUAACCUUGUACCAACGAACUUGCCCAAGUUUUAUACAAAUGGUCGAUCAUUCGUGAUUUGGUUAUCGUGUAAAAGUUGAACAAGUUGGCCCUUGUAUUCUAGUUUAUAAGCUUCCGGAAGUUUCUCCUGCGCUCAUUUCCGUUCGAACAAUAUCUGAAAUUGUACCUGCAGCGAUCAGCAGACGUUUCAGGCUUCGAAUGACCUUGGUUUCAACGUCUCUCUAUACUAAAAGAAUCUCUGUUCGUUACCGUUCUUUAGUAGUUUAAUUCUGUAGCGUUAUAGCGUCUCUCUAAAGUAGCUGAAUCUAAAUGUCCAUGAUCUUCUGGUUAUCAGGUCGCUUUAUACAUCAUCUGCAAUAGAUGCUUUUGUACAAAGAUGAUGCUCCGAGUACGUAGCAUUGUAGUAUCUCUCUUAGUGACUAUGCUUUUUUCUGCAGAGUUGGGAGGAAGGCUCACUGGUCAUCUAUUAGUUCUCCAUUCUACUAGAAUCGCCUCUGUAGUUCUGUCACGGUGUGUAGUGGAUUGAAUAUCCAAUUUCCGGUCACCGAGUCGAGUCAGUGACGAUGAUAAUAUUUUUAAAAAAAGAACAUGUACAGUUCAAAAUUAAAAAUCAUAUUUUCUUCGCAAUAUGCAUUUCUUCGUUUUUACUAUAUCCUUUCGAGGUGUUUCACGAUUAUUUGCGAAUUCUAUUUUCAAAAACAAAAAUAUUAUGGCAGUUGCUUCUCUCACACGCUAUAUCACGUGCAUAUUUUGUAUCCAGCGACUCGCCUCGGUGAACUGAUCAUCGAUUUUUGUUUAGGAAGUCUUUUCACGUAUAUGUAGAAACAUUAGCUUGAAUUUAAUAGCAAUAUCCAAGUCUCUUCUUCGACAAAGCAAUUAUUUAUGGAUUUCCAUUCCUCUUUCGUUUCGUCCUUUCUUUUUCUCAAUCAGUAUUCGUCGAAUGGCCAGUAAGUUACUCGCGACCACCGAAAGGAUUUCAUCUUCCGUGUCCUCCCACGACGACACACGGCCUAAUUCGUCAGCGAAACCUUCUGAAAGAAGUACGAACGAACCGGAUACGCAUCUCGUUCUACGACACUUUCCGAAGGACAACUCGCGAGCAUAGUUUAAUCUUACAAGAUGCCUCUGUGAUUCUCUUCCGACCCGAUUAGCGGGUAGCUUUUAGCCAAACCCGACGAUGAAUCGAUCGCCCAUCCCUGCGUUGGAUCCUUCGAGGCGCGCUCUCGAUCGCAAAACAAAAUUCUAAUGCACCAUGGCUUUCCGUUUCUCUCUUUUUUUUUUUUCCUCGAUGACACUAGGAUAGUCAUUAGCAUAAAUCUUUUUGUUUCUUCUUGUUUCUUGUUCCUUUUUUACCGGCUCUUUUAUGCUUUUGAUCGUUGUACAGACUGAGCACAAAUUCGACGCUCUUUCAUCGAGGGUUCUUCCCCCCCCGUUUCGUCGCUCAGAUUUGUUCCAUUAUCUAAGUUUGGUUGCAUCGUUGAAAAAGAAUCGCGCGAGUCCCUCGACAACGAAACGACGUCCGUCGCAAACCGCACCUAAUCGAGAAACAAUGUCGCGCCGGAACUUUUUGUACGUUUGUAAGAUUGUUGGAAAUGUGUGCACCGCGGGCGCAAGUGUUCCAAAAUAGACGAUAAAACCUAUACGAUAAGGAACGUUCGUUAAAUACUAUCGGGUAAUCCCAUGAACGAUGAGAGUAUUUCAAAACGAAUAACUCGUUUGUGUUUGUUGCACAAGAACGUACAUAAUUUUACGCGGUAUUCAAAGAUUACACGAUUCAGAAGACGCCAUUUUAUGGCUGUGAUGCCCUUCUUUUGCUUCCAUAAUUCCUAGAGAUCGUACUUUUUAAUCAAGCAAAUUCAAUUUUAGGAUCUUCGAUCGCUAUUUUUGGGUAGAACGCAAAUAGAUAGUAGAAUCUAAUUUAAAAGUGGUAUCGCUGAAUUUACAAGCGUAUCAUGCAUGUUAUAAAUAAGUAAUAAGUCUGAGUAAACGUGAAUUCCCAGACCUCUCGUUUAUCAGGUCUAUUUUUAGUUAUAGUACUAUGUCGUAGUUGAUGUAUAAAGAUUAGCCAGGGUAAUCGAGUUUAAAAAGUCAAUUCGAGCGUAUGCAAUUGCAGUUAAUAAAGAAAGAAAUCAUUACGAAAUGGUCCCUUCUGAACCGUGUAACUAUUCGAGAAAGAAGUAUUUUCGUCAGUGUCCAUAGUUUUGGAGAUACUCGAUUUAGAAUAGUUAUCAUCCAAUGUUUAGGUUGAAUUUCGUUCUAAUAACUUAUUCUUAAACGACUAUGAGCAAGUUUUGCUCGUUUAUAGAUAUAAGUUAGCUCCAAUUCUAUGGAUGUUGUAAUACACUAUUCAUCUUCAAACUCGUAACGUGUUUCAUACAUCUGACUCUUUUUAACGAAAGUUUUCUAUUUACACUAACGUUUGUACCAAAAUAAAUUUAUGGGAUCAUCCAAUAGCCGAUCCUGCGUGGGAUUACGACUCUAAUCCUUUGAGGUCCAGCAGCUUUAUCGUAUCGAGAUCCGAUGGAAUUGUAAAUAGAGUGUCGUUAAAAAGCAAUAACUUGUAAGGCUACGUUUACUAAGGUUCACUUUUUUUUAGAUGAAUUUGUAUUAAGAAACUUCCAAGUAUUAUUAGGUAUAAUCAGCGGCGUAUGAUUCGAAAACUUUGUCGUUCGAGUCCCGACGGGAAGACCUCAGGGGAUUACAACUUCGUGAAAAUGGAGACCGAAAAUUGUGCUUACUCCGUACAUUUAGAUACUGUCACGACUCGAAAAGGCAUUUUUAUGAUCGCGUUCCGACUUUUAAAACUCGUGCGUCGUUCUCCUUUUCUUUUUUUUUUCUUUUUUUUUUUUAUGUCUCGACCAUACAUAGUAUCGCGACACCUUGUUGUACUUCACUUUUAGAGGAUAGA